CAAGUGGCAAGGUCUCAAUAUUAGCAGAAACAGCUGCUCCUGUAAUUCAAACUAUCCUGUAAUAGCAUUUGGCAAGAUCUGAUUUCCCUCUUCACAAGAAGAGAAAGAGAAAGAGGGUUUGCUGCUGCAAGCAACUGUGAACUUAAAGUUCUAAUCUUUUUUUUUUUUUUUCUGAGAAAGACAGAGUCAGAAGAAACAACAUAUUUGAGAUCUGUCACUUUGUUUCACUUCAGGUAUGUUCCUGCUCAUUAAACCGCUUGAAUCUGAAUUCACCCGUCAUUUUUGUGGGAAAUGCAAAAGGGGGAAUUGAUUCAGUUGCUCUCUUUUCUGGUGAACGAGUGUGAAGGAUCAAAUUGAGGAAUGCCAAGAAAAUGGGGAGGAAGGGAAAUUGGUUUUCAAGCGUGAAGAAAGCUCUCAGCCCCGACUCAAAGGAGAAGAAAGAUCAGAAAUCAAGUACAUCUAAGAAGAAAUGGUUUGGGAAGCAAAAAUUACAGACUUCUGUCUCAUACUCAGAAGCUGAUAAGCUGCCACCGCCACCAUCUGUUCCUCUGCCAGAAGAGAUUAAAUUAACUGAUAUUGAAAAUGAAAUCAGUCAUGAUCAUGUUGUUGAAGUUGUAACUGCCGUUGAAGCCGAGGUUCCUGUUCCUCCUGUUCAGAUAGAAACUGUUAGGGUUGAAGCUGCUCGAAUUCCUCGUUUUGCUGGUAAACCAAAAGAUGAAGUGGCAGCAAUCAAAAUUCAAACAGCUUUUCGGGGAUACUUGGCAAGAAGAGCAUUGCGGGCUUUAAGGGGACUGGUUAGGCUGAAAUUAUUGAUGGAAGGGUCGGUUGUAAAACGCCAAGCCACGAGUACCCUGCGAUCUAUGCAGACACUGUCUCGCUUGCAGUCUCAGAUUCGUUCCAGGAGGAUCAGAAUGUUGGAGGAGAAUCAGGCCCUGCAAAGACAACUCUUACAGAAGCAUGCGAGAGAGCUUGAGAGUUUGCGGAUGGGAGAGGAAUGGGAUGACAGCCUACAAUCAAAAGAACAAAUCGAAGCCAAGUUACUAAGCAAGUAUGAGGCUGCUAUGAGGAGAGAAAGAGCAUUAGCUUAUGCAUUCACUCAUCAGCAAAACUGGAAGAACUCAUCUAGAUCUUUAAAUCCUAUGUUCAUGGAUCCAACAAAUCCUGCCUGGGGAUGGAGCUGGUUGGAACGAUGGAUGGCAGCCCGGCCAUUAGAGAACCGUAGCCAGGUGGAUAAAGAGUUAAAUGAUCAUGGAUCCGUGAAAAGCUCAAGCCGCAGCAUUACAGGUGGAGAAAUCAGCAAGUCAUUUGCUCGUUUCCAGCUCAAUUCUGAAAAGCACUCUCCAACAGCCAGCCAAAAUCCUGGCUCACCAAGCUUUCAGUCCACCCCUUCCAAGCGAGUUUCGGCAUCUGCUAAGAAAUCACAGAAGGCAAGUCCAAGGGGUAGCUGGAUUACAGACGAGGACUCUAAAAGCUUGGUGAGUGUCCAGUCAGAUCGGUUCCGGAGACACUCAAUCGCAGGUUCAUCGGUGAGAGAUGACGAGAGCCUUGCCAGCUCUCCAGCAAUUCCAAGCUACAUGGUGCCAACUCAAUCAGCAAAAGCCAAAUCCAGGACACAAAGUCCAUUAGCCCCAGAAAAUGGAAAAACUGAGAAAGGAUCCUUUGGAACUGCAAAGAAGCGGCUAUCUUUCCCAGCUUCACCUUCCAGGCCAAGGCGCCAUUCAGGUCCACCGAAGGUAGAAAUCAGCUUAAAUGCGGAGUUAUCUGUGGACAAGGCUGUGGACAGUUGACCUUACAAGAAAAAGGAUGGAAACUGUUGAAUUGGAAUUGAAAUAUAUCAUUGAAGGAAUAGCACAAAAGGUGUUCAUUUAAAUUGAGUGUUCCAUUUAUUUAUUUUCCCUAUUUUUACGUGUAUCCUAAAGUUUCUUGGAGGAUUUUGAUUUGGGGUGAUAAUUGUUUUACUUGCUAUAUUUAUCAAUUUGUAUCUUCAUUGACUUUGCUCUAUCUGCCCUGAGGGGAAGAUAUGCGAUUCAUGGCCAAAUGACAGAAAGGACAAAUGAACUGUCCGAAUCCUUUCUGUGGUUCCCCAUCCAAGGACAAGUAUCAUGCUGGUCAAAGUUCCUCAUUCUUGAUUCUUAGUUGUGAUAUAAAUGUAAAUUCAAUUUCAUUGCCUAA